GUCACACUCAGCUGUCCCGGAUCUGCCACAGGGCAACAUCGUGCUUCAUCUGUAAAGGUGAAGAGAAGAUCUGUGCUUACAGAGCCUACAAACCUGGACCUGAAUCUGAUCCUACAGAAUCCUCCCAUGAGCCACAGCAAGAACCUGGAGUGAGUCUCACAUCUGAUCUCAUCAACUGUACUAUACUAUAAUUAGAUGCUGUUGUGUGUGUGUGUGUGUGUGUGUAUGUGUGUGUGUUUGAGCUCUCACCCACAGAGAGAAAUAUGGCAAUGUCAAAGGGGUUGGCGAUGUUUUGGAAAAUUUGAUCCUGGCCCAGCGGCGGUUGUAGUGAAAUGACACAAAGAUAUUGAUGCACGCAGUGUGUUUCUUUCUCAGUGGUUCUCUGUCUCCAAGGUCUCAGCGAGUGAUCGAGGCGGCACUAAGGGAGAACGAGUGGCUGAAGUAUGUCGGGAAGGAGUUAUCAGACCUGGUGGAUUGUGCGUACCUUACAACCGUCGCCCAAGGAGCCAGACUCAUCCGAGAGGGCGAUGAGGCGUCUCAAUCCUUCAUCCUGGAAGAGGGAAAACUUGAGGCAUCCAGGGCUGGCCAGAAGCUGCACAUUAUCGAGGCUGGAACACUCUUUGGAGAGCUGGCUCUGCUUUACAACUACACCUGUACCUCUACUGUUACAGCACUGGUGAGCAGUAAGCUGUGGGUGCUGGAGCGUCAGGCGUUUCAGAGAAUCAUGCAGAGGAGCAGUGCUCUCCGCAUCACUCAGUGUGUGGAUGUUCUCCGCAGUGUGCCGUUGCUCUGCGCUUUACCUGAGGGGAAUCUUAUUAAAAUCUCAGAUGCUCUGCAGGAGUGUCAUUACAGAGACGGGGACUACGUUGUGAGACACGGCGUUCCUGGAGACACCUUUUUCAUCGUGAGCAGUGGCCAGGUGCGAGUGUUAGAGAGGCGCUCGGUCAGUGAGGACAGCGUGUGUGUGUCUGUCCUGUCCAGAGGAGACAGCUUCGGGGACAGAGCACUGAAAGGAGAGGUAUCAAGGUCUUUGAGUCUUGUUUCUACAGGUGAUGUCACAUGUCUGGCCAUAAACAGAGAGACUGUCCUGAGGUUUACAGGAGCAUCGAUGGAGAACGGAAGCAAUGAGCUGAAAGCCAGGCCUGUAGACGAAGGUGACGGACUGUGCCGUGUCUCACUCAGCGACGUCCAGGUGUUGUGUAAUGUCGGAGAAGGACGGUACAGCCACACACUACUGGUCCAUUUGAAGAACGACACCAGCCGCGUGUUCGUGAUGAAGGUGAUAAAUAAACAUGCUUUAGUGAGCUCGGGUAACAGAGCACGCGUCCUCACGGAAAAACAGAUCCUGAUGGACGCCCGCUGUCCUUUCAUUGUCAGGUUAUAUUGUACCUUUCGAGAUGGAAAGUGCCUCUACAUGUUGAAGGAAGCAUGUUUGGGUGGAGAUCUGUGGACUUUACUAAGGGAGAGAGGUCCGUUUGAUGAAAACGCAGUGCGUUUCUACGCGACCUGCGUUCUGGAGGCUCUGAGAUUCCUCCACGGCCAAAGCAUCAUCCACAGAGACCUGAAACCUGAGAACGUCCUGCUGGAUCAGAAAGGAUACGCCAAACUGGCAGGCUUCAGCUCUACUAAGCAGCUUGCUUCUCUCCAGAGAACCUGGUCAUUCUGUGGCUCAGCAGCUUACCAGGCUCCAGAGAUCAUUCUGCACAAGGGUCACGGUGUAAUGGUGGAUCUCUGGGCUUUAGGAGUCUUUGUGUACGAGUUACUCAGUGGCAGUCCUCCAUUCUCAGGCUCAGAUCAGCUAAAGAUCUGUGCAGCAGUUUUGAAGGGAAUCGAUGCUGUAGAGUUCCCAGAGGUCAUCAGCAAUCCUGCGGCUGAUUUCAUCAAACAGCUCUGCAGAGAGAAUCCCACAGAGAGGCUGGGCUACAGGAACGGGGUCAGAGACAUCCAAGGACACAAGUGGUUUGAAGGAUUCGAUUGGGAUGCUGUGUGUAAAGGCUCACACACUCCACCUAUAUUACCACAUGUGCAAGGCGGUUCGGAUUUUUCCAGUAGUGAGGAUCAGACAGGUCCGUCACCGGUAGAUGACUCGGACUGGGACGAAGACUUUUGAUCUGUCUAUCGGUCAGAUGUGACGUGACGGACUAUGUGAACUAUUGUGCUAAAGAACAAACUGUAUUGAAUAAAGAAAGAAAUUUUCAAUCUAAAUGAAAUGUAAUAAUUCAGAAUAUGUUCAUUUCAAUAAUCUGGCUACAUCUAUUUAUCCUAUGAUUUGGAAGUUAUCUGUAUCUUCCUACAAAAUCUGUUUAAUGUGAAAUUAACGCUGAAUCAUAGCGUUAAUUUCAGCAGCUCUUCAGUGGCUGGAUUUGCUCCAUGUCUGGGAAUCAAACCCGGGUCAUGGCCCACCAGGAGGCUCAAAAGUGCAUAAAUGUGAAAAUUCUUAUUUUGUUGUUGAAAGAUAAAUGUUAUUUUGUGAGAAUUUAAUAAUGUUUCAUUUGUACUAGUAAAAAUGUAAAUGUUGUCAUGACCGGUAUUAAGAUUUUUAGCAGAGUAAAAAAGUAAAAUACUUUUAUAUUCGUUAAUUGGUGGUUCAAGCGGUUAAGGCUUCGGGUUGGGGAUUUCGGGUUUCGAGCUCCAGCACUUCCAAGCUGCUACUGUUGGGCCCUUGAGCAAGGCCCUUGACCCGCUCUGCUCCAGCGGUGCUGUAUCUUAGCUGACCUUGUGCUCUGACCCCCAACCUCCAAAAGUUGGGAUAUGUGAAGAAAGAAUUUCACUAUGAUGUAAUGUAUAUGUGACAAAAUAAAAUAAAGGCUUCUAUUACAUUAAGUUAAAAUGAUCACCAAUAAAAUAAAAUAA